CUCUCAGGCUUCUCUCUGUCUAUACUCUAUACUGUUCGAGGCCUCGAUCACCGAUGUUUCUAUGAUUUAACCUAUAUCCCUUUAUCAUCAAUCGUAAACAAUUGUAUUGAAGCAGUUAAUCUCUCAUAUCUCUAUUAACAAAUAUGCCUCGAUUACCAUUGCACCCUUCGUCUGGGACAGGUAUUGAUUCGCCGUUCGCCAAGGUGAUACGUUUUGCUCGCUACGGUUGUACUAAUAGACCGUUCUAUCAUGUCGUCGUAACAGAGGUGAAGAAGGCGGCAAGGAAACCACCGAUAGAACAACUUGGUGUCUACGAUCCUAUUCCAAAUGUGCACAACGAAAAAUUAGUGUCGUUCAAUUUCGAAAGAAUACAAUAUUGGAUGGCGAAAGGUGCACGGUUGUCCCUGCCUAUUGCGGAUUUAUUGGGACUCGCUGGAUUCUUACCCAUUCAUCCGAAAUCGUACAUAAGAGCGUGGAGAAAUCGUCGCAAAACUGUAGAACAAAGUGUCGCCAAAGAAAGCACGUGACGAGAACAAGCAGUUGUACGUUAGUUCGUAUCUGCUGUAUCAGAUACAGUUGUUGCGUAGUUGUGUUGCGACCGUUCAGACUUGUACAAAUUUUACAGCUUAUUAAUAAAAUUAUCUUCUACGAUAAUUAUUUGUCGAUAUAGAAAAUUUGCAUUCAGAAGAUGCACGUUUCUCUUACACAGCUUUCUGUCGAUCAAUAAAUUACCAAUUCAAUCUGUC